AUGGCAGGCUGUGCAGUUAUUGGUGGUGGUUUGUCGGGGCUCUCAACUGCUUAUCUCCUUUCCCGUCUGCCACGCAGUCAGGUUAAUCAUGUCUAUGUAUACGAAGCGAAUCCCAAACGUUUUGGUGGCUGCUUCAAGACAGGAUAUAAUCCGAAAACAGGGGCACUUCAUGAUCUUGGCCCACAUAGCGCACGAAUCUCGUCGCCUUUGACAAAUCCGCUUUUGCGUCUCAUCUCAAGCCUCGGUUUUACUCGAGAUGAAGUCUUUUGGCUACCACAAUUGAGACGCUUUAUUUUUGUGGCUGGUGCACUUCGAUCAAUUGAUCUUCUUUCUCCUACUACUCAAGCCCCCUUUACUCGGUCCCAUUUGUCUAUGUUCGUCCGACGUUCCUUAGCGAAGGGUAUUGGUCCACUAAAGGAAGAUGUGUCAGUAGAUGAGUUCUUACGGUCGAGAUUUGAUGAUGAAUUUGCAAAGUACAUAGGGGGUGCGUUGAUACGCGGCAUUUGUGGAGUUGAUUCCAAGCGCGUUAGCGCUUCCGCACUUCUAAGUCCGUUAAUUAGGUGGGAAAAUAGCGGCCCGAACAUAAUACUGGGAGCCGCAAAAAGCAUUGCUUCUGAGAAACUGCGCUCUCUUUUGCCUUCCUCACAAAAAGGUAUUUCUGACCAAGCCGUUGACAGCCUCUUGCCGCCAUUGUCAGAUGGGGUCACCCCUCCACCGCGAGCAAGCAUCCUAAAUUUGAAAGGUGGAAUGCAAGCCCUCACUGAUCGUCUCAUCAAAACUUUGUCGGAAUCUCCUAACGUGACCUUAAAAAGAGGCGCAUUGGUGAAAACACUUAACUACCAAGGUAAACAGUAUGAAUUAACUCUACUCGAUGAGGGAUCAUCCCACCUUUCGAAAGUUAAAAACGAUGCCGUUUUUCUGUGCACACCAGCUCGUGGAAUGGGGAUGAUUUUGUCUAGUAACUCAUUUCUUCCCUCCUCUGUAACAAACCUCCUAACUCCUGAGGUAUCUCCAGCCGCCAGUGUUGGCGUUGUUGCCCUAGAAUUCGACAUUCCUCACUUAGCUCUCCCUUGUGGAUUCGGUCACCUCCUACCAAUUUCUGAGGAUGAGACGGUCAUGGGUGUUGUCUACGACAGUUGUACUUUCCCACACAUGGACGGGAAAGUUCCUUGCGAUCAGAUGAGGAGGACCGUUCGUUUUACUAUCAUGCUCGCACCACGACCAGCCUGGCUAAAAGCUGCGCCUGCCAGCGAUCCGUUUGACCUUGAACCUGAACUGCGCCACACAUUAAUUGAGAUAGGCUUAACAGCCUUGAAGCAACAACUGGGUUUGCAGGUUUCUCAGCCAAUUUCCGCACACGUAGGCUUGUGGAACAGUUCCAUCCCCAGUUAUCCGGUAGGCCACCUCGAUAAUGUGCAAAGGAUUCGCAGCGCUGUCGCUAACACGCUAGGACCGAAUCAAAUGGACACGUUGCAACUUGUUGGAAGUGCACUGGAUGGAAUUGGCGUAGGCGACUGCGUCAAGAGUGCUGUGAAGGCUGUAAACACUUUCUCACACAAACUUCCUGUACGUUAG